AUGACCUCGCUCUCACUAUCACUGGGCCCGGCAGCCUUGGUCAGGCUUCACGACGUCUUGAUAUGUCUAGCCAAAUUCAGCGAUACAGUCGCUAUAGAAGCAGAACCAGACCUUCUUCGCCUAAGUGCUCUUAAUUCCACCAAGACGGGGUUUGCAUCCUUCGCCUUUGAGAAGGAUGCUUUCUUUGAAAGUUACUCAUUCAGUGCGCGUGGUGAUGGUCGCAGUGGAAGCGGUUCGUUUGACCGGUUCUUCUGCCAGAUUUAUAUCAAGGCACUUCUAUCUAUAUUCCGUGGAAGAAUUGAUAGAAAUAAAGAUACGGCCGUGGAACGUUGUGACAUGGAACUUCAUGAAGAUUCGCAGCAGACAGAGUGUAGAUUGACGGUGAAGAUGAUAUGUGGACUUGGUGUGAUAAAAUCAUACAAGCUCACAUAUGAGCCAGCUGCAAUCCAGCAUGCCGUCUUCGACAAAUCAAAGGCCACAAGCUUGUGGGCAGCCGAUUCAAAAUUCAUCAAGCAGCUCAUCGAUCACUUCAGUCUAUCAGCAGAACAAUUAGACAUGUACGGUGACUCCGGGAGAGCGGUAUUCACAAGUUUCACGACAAAGAUUAUGGAAGGCAAAGAGGUCCUAAAACAUCCUGUCCAUACUUCUGUCGCAGCUGACAAGCGCGACUUUCAAGACUAUAUGGUUGAAGAAAACAUGCAUGUGGCAAUCAACCUGAAAGACUUCAAAGCCAUAAUCGCCCACGCAGAAACAGCAAACGCAACCGUAACAGCACGCUACACGCGACCCUGCAAGCCCCUGCAACUGGAAUACAGAUUCGAAGGUGUAAACGCCGAGUUCACAAUCAUGACUCGCGGCCAAGCAGAUAACGAAGACGCUCCGACCUCUUCACGUGCUACAAUUCCCCGACAAACACCCGCUCCGAUCCCAGUCUUGAGCCACACUCGAACAAGACCCUCGGCGCCGAAUACGCAAAUGCCCCCGCCUCCGCCACGGAGUAGAUCCAUUCGUCCGCUUAACGGUUCAUCGACUCAGGAAAAUCUUUCUCAGCGGCGGGCCGGGUCGGAAAGACCGCUUGCUUCUGGCCUUUCGAUGGAAUUCGACAGUCUUUUUGUCCCUGCAGAUGACGAUCGACAGUGGGAUGAGAUGAACGAAGAACAAGAAGCAGAGCCGCAGGAUAUCCUUGGGUGGGAUGCGUCUGGGACGCAAGAUGCAUUCGGUGCUUCGCUGCACGAUACCGAGCCUGCGUUUUCGAAACAAGAUGAAGAGCCUGAGGAUGAGAUGGGCUUGCCGCCCACGCAGCGUCUAUCUCAAGUUCGGCACUUGGGUCUUUUCGAUUGA